AGUGUUUCGAGACUACUUGCCGUCGUCGGACGUAUUAUAGUCAGACAUGGAUCAAAAGGUGGAACAACCAGUUGAAGCGACGUUAACAACGCCUGCUACAUCUGCGGACUAUAUAGAAAAAGCUUUGGCGCGUGCCUACAACAGCGAAAGCUUGCGAGUGGAAAGCUUUCAUAGUGAGGCCAUUACGCAGACUGGUGAGAACUUUUGCAGCGUCAUCUACCGGCUUAAAGUAUCCUAUCGCAAGAGUGAGAAUGCACCGUUAGAGCACGGCAAUUACAUAGUAAAGGACUUAAUUCCCGUUAUGGCCGAACUUGGCUCCAAUGAGAAACUAAUGUUCGAAGAAGUGCUGCCCGUUAUGGCGGAAAUAUUGGAUAAAGCUCCAUCGACGCUGGGGGAAAAAAAGCUGAGUGCUGAUUGUUUGUACGUGGAGCGCUUUAAAAACAAGGAACUUUAUUUGUUGGAGGAUCUUGGGGCAUUGGGCUAUGUUACAUUAAAUCGCUACAUUGGUCUGUCUGCGGAAGAUGCCCGUUUGUGUCUUCAAAAGGUCGCACAGUUCCACGCUGCCUCCAUGGUGUUGUUACAUGAGCAACCAUCGUUGGUGUCGAAUUUGGCCCCCUCACAUUUUAGCAAGGGCUUAGAAGACGCCUUUACCCAUGUACUUAUCGUCAAAGGCACAGAGUUUGCAGCUGAUGUGGUCGACGGACUUCCAGGCAUGUCUUCUAUAGCAUCAAAAAUGCGAGCUCAAUUACCAGAGGAGUAUGGAAAGCGAAUUCGUGCUGUUGUCGAUCCAAAAAACAGCGCGUUCCAAGUCAUUUGUCACGGUGAUCUCUGGGUAAACAAUAUAAUGAUCAACCAGGAAGAGAACAAAGCUAUUAUUGUGGAUUACCAAUGUUGUUUUGUUGCCAGUCCGGCAAUCGAUCUUAUGCUCUUUUUUUACACCAGCCUUCAACUAGACGUAUUACUACACCAACGGGAGAAUUUAUUAAAGUACUAUUAUCAAUGCCUUUGUGAGACGCUAGCUGCCUGCAAUUAUUCAGGAUCCAUGCCAAGCUAUGAACAACUCCAAGACGAAAUGCAACGUUGCCUUUUCUAUGGGUAUUAUGCAACCGUCUGUGAGCUGCCGAUUUGUUGUGCCUCCAAAGAAGCGUCCAAGGACUUUACAGCCCACACUUUCGGUAACGAGGAGGCAAUAAAAGCGAAACGCCAUCAGCUCUUUGACAAUGAGCGAGUUCUUCAAAUGUUGCAAGCAACUUUAGGGCACUUCGAAGAGCAAGGCAUUCUAGAGACGUUGUGAAAGAUAAUUCCUUCUGAUAGUAUUUUAGUGCAAUAAAACGUAACUUCUAUAGUAUUCAAAA